UCCGCCCCCCUCGCCGGAUGCUAAAAGGGCAGGGGGCGCGCAGAGGCACCAUCGCCUUGCCGUCUGGCGGCAAGCGCCACAGUGCCAGACGAGACGCUCCUGCCGAGCCGCCUUCCUCUCGCGAAGGCUGGGAGCGGUCGCCACAGCGGAGCCCGCGGGAGCCGGCCCAUGUAGCACGUGGAGUCGCGUCGGGGCUUGCGCGCCCGCCCGCGGGGUGAACUUGCCGGGAGAGCCGCGGAGACGACCCCCGGCGCCCUGGAGGCUCCUUUCCGCGGGGGUUCCUGCCCCGAUUUUCCAGUGAGGUUUUCUACAUAUCAAUGUGACUUCCCGUUCAUCUUUCAACACAGUUGUGCUACAACAUCCAUAUCUGCUCUCAAGUGGCCAGAAGACUGCUUCAUGGCUGCUAUUCGCAAGCCCCUCUGCACACCAUGCUCUUACUCCUGCUUCUGACAGCCAUUGCAUGUGUGAACAAGAGUCUCUCUGUUGCAACUGUCUUUCACUUGUCCAUGUCAGAAAUGCAACAUGAAUUAUAGGGGAGAGUACCAGUAUUACAGGUGGGGAAUUCAGCUUGACUUAAUGCAAUCCUGCAUACAUCCAAAUUAUAGACUGAAGUACUGGGAAAGCUGACCGUGGAUAGGAUACAGCUGUGUUAAAGCACUCAGAAAGGCACCAUAAAGUGCAGAAACAUAUCUUGAAAGCAAGGUUAAGCUCAGCUUAGGAUGGAUAAAAAUGUGGAGCCUGGUUCUUCAGUCAGUGGACCUCCGGUGAGGAAUUGCAGUGGAUAUACAAGUUCUUGUCUCAUGGAGAGCAACAUUUCCUACGUGGGCUUUUACCUCCAUCAGCCGCUUGUAGCCACCGUCUUCAUCAUCUCCUACCUCCUCAUCUUCCUCCUGUGCAUGAUCGGCAACGGGGUGGUUUGCUUCAUUGUCCUGCGGAGCAAACACAUGCGCACCGUCACCAACCUCUUCAUCCUGAACCUUGCGGUCAGCGAUCUGUUGGUGGGGAUCUUUUGCAUGCCCACCACUUUGCUGGAUAAUAUUAUAUCAGGAUGGCCGUUUGGGAAUAUGGUCUGCAAGAUGAACGGGAUGGUCCAGGGAAUAUCUGUCUCGGCUUCUGUCUUCACUUUGGUGGCAAUUGCGGUUGACAGGUUCCGUUCCAUUGUUUACCCAUUUAAACAAAAGCUCACCCUAUGGACGGCUGUUGUCAUCAUAGCUGUUGUCUGGAUUCUGGCCAUCGCCAUUAUGUGUCCAUCUGCUGUGAUGCUGAAGGUGGAGGAGGAGAAGCGUUUCCGGGUGAUCCUCGGCAUUGGCAACCAAAGCAGCCCCAUCUACUGGUGCCGGGAGGACUGGCCCAACCAGGACAUGCGGAAGAUCUAUACGACAGUCCUCUUUGCCAAUAUCUACUUGGCUCCCCUUUCUCUCAUUGUCAUCAUGUACGCUCGGAUAGGGAUCACUCUCUUCAGUACAGCAGUGCCUGCCACCGGGAAGCAAGGCCAGGAGCGCCACUCUGUGUACAGGAAGAAGCUGAAAGUCAUCAAGAUGCUCAUCAUUGUAGCACUGCUUUUCAUCCUCUCGUGGCUGCCUCUCUGGACCUUGGCCAUGCUCUCCGACUAUGCCAACCUGAAUGAAGGCCAGUUGCAAAUCAUCAAUAUCUACAUCUACCCUUUUGCUCACUGGUUGGCCUUCUUCAACAGCAGCAUCAAUCCCAUCAUUUAUGGCUUCUUCAAUGAGAACUUCCGGCGAGGUUUCCAGGCAGCCUUUAGGCUUCAGCUCUGCUCUGGGGACAUGAUACCCAGGGAGAUUUAUUCCCAGCGGGGACAGAGCAAUGCUAUUUUACCAGUAGCUGGUCACCAGGAGGGUACCUGUAACCUUAUGACAACAGGUACCGGGAGAUUGACUCAACAAGGGAAUUGGAUGGACAAAACGCAGGUUUUGAUGAUGGAAAACCUGGACCAGGCUUCAACUAACAAUGGCAUUAAACAAGACUUGCUAUGAACUACCUCAACAGUUUUGUUUGGUGACCUUGUUGAAUGUAAUUGUGCUGCUCAAGCCCGAUUGGCAAAAAGGACGGGAGCAAUUUUAAGACUUGGUUGCUUGUACAGUGUAUAAUUUUUGUACUACAUUUUGUUGUUUUGGAGAAGGGGAACAUGCAGCUCUUAGGUCAGUGUGGCUCAAGAGUGAUUCUGUUGUACUUUAAGAGAGGAUUGAACUUUCUCUUGGGACCACUUAAAGUCCUGUGUUCAAGUCAGUGCUGGAUCUUACUAGGAAUCAGCCAAUCACAAAUACAUAAUUGUUUAGGUAAAGCUUGGAUGUAGCCUAUUGCAAAACAUGCAUGUUGGUGAACACAGCCUUUCAGACUUGGAAAUCAACCCAUCCAACCCAGAGCCACUAGAAGCAAGAGAGAAUAUCUGGAUACACCGCCUGAACACAUUCUAACACCCCCUGGCCUUAACUUGGAAGAUAAUACAUAAGCUGCUGCUACUACGCUUGUUUUUCAAAGUCCCACUGAAUGAAUCCUAUUGCCUGGUUGGAAACCCAGCAUAUCUAUUGACAAAACACUGAACUAAAUAAUUUUAAAACUACUGUAUUUACCUGAAUCUGAGACUAGGUUUGUCCAAGUUCUUUCAUGUUAGAAAUCAGGGGGUCAUCUUAAACUUAGAGUCAUCUUGUAUUCUGGUAAAUAUGGUAUCUCUGUUUUGCCAGUCACUUAUAUCAGGGUGCCUAGCCUUGAGUCCCCAGAUGUUGUUGGACUGCAACUCCAUUGGGCUGGGAAUGAUGGGAGUUGUAGUCCAACAUCAUCAAAGCUGAGAACCCCUUACUCCUAUCAGUCAAUAGUCAUUCCAGCCCAGUCACCAAAGAUUCACUUUGGACAUCACAACACAUCAUGAUGAGGGGUCUGUUUCCCAGCACAGUGCUUGUCCCAGCCGUCAAAGCGUUGUAUGCAUGGAGAGUGGGAGGAAAGGAAGUGAGAAUAUCUUCUGCUGCCUGUUUUCAUGAGUGUAGCCAAAGCAAGGACUUGCACAUCUUUCACUCCACAUUGCAAGAGAGAUGUCAGAGUCCCUGCUUUGGAGAUUGGACCCGAAGCCAAAAAACCCAGGAUGCAUGAUUCAUGAGGCUAAUUUGGAAACCAAGGCUGCCAUGAAAUGGCCCACUUAAUUUCUUUGAAACUACAAAAGUCAAAAACUUUGUGGGGGAGCUUACCAUCAGGGCAGCAGUAGCUCAGUUUUUUGUUUCUGUUUUUCAUUGGUGCCUAUGGUGGUGGCCAUGGGACUCCUCUCAGUGGCCAACUCCAGGCAGCCAUCAUUGUUGCCCACUGUGCCCAGAUGAUGUAUUUGUUCUGCGGGGAAAUAGCAGCCCUGAUGGCUUCCACCAUUUGUCCUCAAACUGUCCCAGAACAACACAAUGUAUUGCGCAAGACACCAGCCUAGUAAUGUGUUAUCUGUGCCACUCGCACAGAAACAGUGUGUAUUGUGUUGGAAAUAAUGGCCUUGCUCUUGUGUGAUGCAGAUCAUGCAAAUGCAACAUCAUUAGGCUGACAUACUCUUGCCAGUAUUUGGGGUAUUGUGGGGAAUUGAUAGCUGUGAGGUCUGAUUGCUGAGAGGUGCUGUAAUGCUACCAAAUCACCUUCUCAAAGAUACUGUAAGCUCCUCUUAUGUUGUAGAAAACGCCUUCUCCUGAACUUGCUUGCAUUUCAGCAGGCCCUGAAUUAUAAUGCCCCCAACAUUUCAAACCAAAAAUUCAUCCUUGAAAAUAUCCAUCUCAGCAUUCGCUAACAUGACCCAGCUAGUUUCAUGUUUAUUUCUCUGUGUGUCGAUAUUGCCUCCCUUUUAUAUUCUUAUUAUCUUUGAUACCCACUGCAAAGUGUUGGGAUGCUGUUUAACACCUCAUUAUUUCUCUGGCCGUUGCUUCUCUUCUGUGUCGUUGUCUUCUUUGUUGCGGUGCUACAUGGAACACCCAUGCCGUCGGUGUGAUUCAGUAUUAUAUGUGGGGCAUCAUAGCCAAUAGGAUUAAAUGGCAGUGAAUUCAAAUGAUGCUGGAGAUAAUUGGUGGGCGGCGGGGUGCACUGAGAAGUAGCAGUUGGCAGGGACCAUGAAGGCACUGCUCAGACAUUGUCUGAAUGUGCUUUGGGUGGGAGGCAGAUUGUGCCAGCCUCAGCAGAGGCACAGGGAAGUAUCUACCACUUAAGACUAUAUAAGCAUCAAUAUGUAUGUUUUUUUCAACUCUUCCCAAGCAGUGAUACCACUGGCUCGCUGGAUCAUUCUCACCCCCAUACUGUCCUCUAACUUGUGUAUUCCUGCACCAGAUUUUGAAAUAGGGAUUUCAUAAAUAUGGGAAGCAUCCUCUGCAGUAACUUUGGUAUUGUUUGCAUGUAAUUAAUAACUGCAUUAUCACUUUUGUAUAUAUGUCCACCAAACUGCACCUGGCGCAUCUCCUGUUCCUGCAUCUGAUGCAUGCCCUGUUCCUGCACUUGGUGCAUGUCCUAUUCCUGCUGACGCAACAUGCCCUCCCGACCCAGUUUGAUCCUAUUUGCAGGUGGAACAUAGGAAACUGCCAUAUACUGAGUCAGACCCGUGGUCUGUCUAGCUCUGUAUUGUCUGCACAUACUGGCAGCAGCUUCUCUAAGGUUGCAGGCAGGAAUCUCUCUCAGCCCUGUCUUGGAGAUUCCAGGGAGGGCACUUGGAACCUGCUGCUCUUCCCAGAGCGGCUCCAUCCCUUAAGGGGAAUCUCUUGCAGUGCUCACACAUCAACUCUCCCAUUCAUAUGCAACCAGGGCAGACCCUGCUUAGCUAAGGGGUCAAGUCAUGCUUGCUACGCAGAAGACCAGCUCUCCUCUCAUAUGGUUGCAAUAUCCAUUCUGGAGAUAUCAGAAGGGUGAUACUUACCAAUGGCAGCAGCGGUGCUCUUCUUGGCAUCUGCUGCAGCAGGGGGCUAACCCUGCCCCCAGAAGCUGCUCUCAGAGUGAUGCUACAUUGCCAUAUAGAGCAGGGACUCUCAAACCUGGCUCCCUCUGAUGAUGUUGGACUACAGCUCCCAUUACUCCCAGCCACAAUGGCCGAAGGUUAUUGUGGCAGGGGGUGAUGAGAGUUGUAGUCCAACAGCAUCUGCCAAGCCAGAUUUGAGAAACAAAGAUGGAAAGUCAUUCCUGGGUGCUUCUGGGGGAGAAAAAUAUCAGUUGCCAGCCUAUAACAGUUAGGAAGAACAAUGCCACUGGAAAACAGCAGCCAGGGAGGGAGGUUGGAGAAGAUUUCAGCUCUGCUUCUGUUCUAUUAUUAUUUCAGAAAUGUGUCCCUGUGGGUGAAGGCCGGGGGACAGGAUCGAUCUAAGCCUUGAAAAAUCUCUACACGGGUUUAGAAGAAAAUCGUGAUAUUUUUUAAAUCAUCAUGAAUGUCAAAUGCUUUUAACCGAGUGGGUGUUUACAAUUAUUUGUAUGUUUUAUUUAUCACACUUGUAUCCUGCUUUCUCCAAGGAGCUCAGGAUGUCACACAUAGCUCUUUAGCUAUGUAGGACUGACUUAGCUCUCUCGUUGUGACUAAAUCCCGUUGAAAGCGAUGAGAUUUAUAUGCCCUGUUUACAUUACAUCCAAUGUGUGUCUAAUCUGUGUACAGUGUACACGUCUCUAGAUCUGAAUGUAUACACAGUUAUUCAUGUGUUAUGCUCAGUGCACAUCCAGCAGUUGCAUGUGAGAAGGUCUGUGUCCACGUUCAAUUUUAAAAUGCAGGUACAAUCAUUCACUCAAAUACAUGUACAUGCAUACAGACUCCUGUAUAAAAGUUCAGUGUUAUAUCUGAAUAGGGCUCCAGGUAUGAGCGAAUGGCUUCCUUGACUUCAUCAGGAUUUGGCCAUGACCAAUUUGGGCUACAGCCUCCUCCAAGCAUCUGUUCCUUGCAGUGGUUCUUGAGGGAGGUUGGCUCAAGAGAUGUUGAUUUACACAGCGACUGAGUGGCAGGGGUUUGGGUAGAAGAAGCCACAAUCUUGUGAGUGUCAGUUUUUGCAUUGACACUGGCAUAUCCCACGAGGGAUACCUUUUUGUCAAACAGCUAACCAAACGGCACAAACAUUAAAAGUGUCCCUCUGUUUUUUGAACAAGUCCUGGAGGCCCGUCGCUCAGCCAGAGCUACACAAAGGUCUCCAAUGGAUGGCUUUUAAGGCUCCAGGUAACAGUCUUGGCGUUUACCUACAGCUCAGGGCAGUUCCGGCCCUUGGGAGCAAGAGCAUUGGAUCAGGCCCAAGCUCACCUAGUCCAGCAUCCUGUUUCACACAGUGGCCCACCAGAUGCCUCUGCGAAGCCCACAGGCAAGAGGUGAGGCCAUGCCCUUUUCCUUGCUGUUGCUCCCCUGCAACUGGUAUUCAGAGGCAUCUGGCCUCUGAGGCUGGAGGUGGCCUAUGGUCAUUUAUUUAUUUAUUACAUUUUAUAUCCCGCUCUUCCUCCAAGGAGCCCAGAGCGGUGUACUACAUAUUUAAGUUUCUCCUCACAACAUCCCUGUGAAGUAGGUCUACACAGUCGCCACAUCUAAAAAAGGGCAUUGUUGAACUGGAAAAGCUGCAGAGGAGGGCAACCGAGAUGAUCAGGGGCCUAGAGCACCUCUCUUAUGAGGCAAGGCUACAACACCUGGGGCUUUUUAGUUUCGAAAAAAGAAGACUGCGGGGAGACACGAUAGAAGUCUAUACAACCAUGCAUGGUGUGGAGAAAAUAGAGAGAAAUUCUCCCUCUCCCAUAACACUAGAACCAGGGGUCACUCCAUGAAAUUGAUUGCCGGGAAAUCUAGGACCAACAAACGGAAGUACAUUUUCACACAAUGCAUAAUCCACUUGUGGAAUUCCCUGCCACAAGAUGUGGUGAUGGCCAACAACCUGGAUGGCUUUAAGAAGGGUUUGGAUAACUUAAUGGAGGAGAGGUCUUAUCAACGGCAACUAGUCUGUGGGCCACCUCCAGCCUCAAAGGCAGGAUGCCUCUUGAGUACCAGUUGAAGAGGAGUAACAGCAGGAGAGAGGACAUGCCCUCAACUCCUGCCUGUGGCUGCUGGUGGGAUCUCAUGGGCCACUGUGCAAAACAGGAUGCUGGACUAGAUGGGCCUUGGGCCUGAUCCAGCAGGGCUGUUCUUUUGUUAGGCUGAGAGAGAAGUGACUGGCCCAGAGUCACCCAGCAAGUAUCAUGGCUGAAUGGGGAUUUGAACUCGGGUCUCCCCAGCACUCUAACCACUACACCACGCUGACUCUCUUACCAUUAGACUAGUAGCCAUUGAUAGACCUGUCCUCCAUGAAUUUGUCCAAGUCCCUUUUAAAGCCAUCUCAGCUAGUAAGGUAAAGUGUGCCAUCAAGUCAAUAUCAGCUCCUGGUGACCACAGAGCUCUGUGGUUGUCUUUGGUAGAAUACAGGUGGGGUUUACCAUUGCCAUCUCACAUGCAGUAUCAGAUGAUGCAUUUCAGCAUCUUCCUAUAUCGCUGCUGCCCAAUAUAGGUGUUUCCCAUAGUCUGGAGAAAACAUAUUAGCGGGGAUUUGAACAGGCAACCUCUGGCAUGAUAAUCAAGUCAUUUCCCUGCUGUGCCAUCAAGUGGCUUAGUAACCAUCACUAUAUCCUGUGGCAGAGAAUUCCACAGAUAAACCAUGCACUAUGUGAACAUCCCUGAGCUAGUCCAACAAAAGGGUGGGGCUAUACCACGCAGUCACUGUUGGAGGUGGUAUUUAGAUUCAUGAGUACUAAUGACAUAGUCUGACGUGGGCCAAACUCACUACACAUUUCUUGCUUCUGGCCAGACUCCUCUCCCUCAUGAAGCUGAUUUAAAGCACGACUGUAGGGGAGCAUUUCCACCUUGAGCCCCUCUGCCACUUGUGCCUCCUGCCUGGUCCACCUGCACAGUGAAUUUGCCAUGGCCUGAAUUUCUGCACUAGAGCACUGCCACACUGCAUAUACAAGCUGUCCCUUGCAAACAAUUCUAUCCAGGAUUUUGUUUGCGCACCAGAUCUGAAAACUGAUCCUUAUCUAGUUUGGACAAGCAUCACCUUGCAUGCAUGAGGAGGUCAGGGAUGCUCUUAAGAGUGCUCCCAUCCUGGUGUCUCAGGAGGAUGUCUUGUCACUGUAGGGGUGUCCCUUAAUCAUGCGAAGCGGGCGUUCCUCUGAAUAACCCCUUGUACACAUGCUCCCAAACCCUGUGGGAUUGUGUAGAGGGGUGAUUCAGAUGUACACCCCCUUCACAUGAUGAAGGGGUGUACCAGCAGUACAUUGGUUCAUCCUCUUGUGAUGGACCUUCUCAGGAAGACUCUGUCCCAAUCGUGUUGUGACCAGCAUUAAUCUGAACUGGCACUCACUACACCUUAAUAGAGGCAGAAAGCAAUUGCCGGGCUCCCAUUCCUAGUUUCGCCCUCAUCUCAACACUGCUGAGGUGUCUCGGACGUGUCCAUCUUGUGCUUUCUAAUUACAGCUGCUGCAAGUUGCCAUUUUUCAUCACUCGAUCUUAACCGUGGCAGGGAAGUGAUGGCAUUCUGAUAGUGUGUUCUUUUCAGGGCUGCUGUACACAAAGAUGCAUAUCACUAGGACUCAUCUGCGUGUGUAAACUGACCAAUCCACCCUGGCUGCUUGGUGCUGCACUUGGAAUGCUUAGGAGAAGCUGUGGUGGCUGGCGGCAUCCAUCCUGAUUACCAGCCUUCCUUAAGGUCCCACAUGGGAAGAGAGUGGACUCUGGUGGCACUUUUCCUAGGCUGGGUUUUCAUGUCACCUACCAAUGUGGGCCGCCUGCUAACUGAGCAAAGAGACACCUUUUCAAGUGGUGAUUCUCUUAUAUUUAGCAGAGGGGGAGCAAGCGGCCCUAUCCCACCCCAGCACAGCAUCCCUCCAGUGGCUAUUUGCUAUAAGCAUAUAAAAUAUGCAUAUUUUUUAGAUUGUGAGCCCUUUGGGGACAGGGGACCAUCUUAUUUAUGUCUUGUUUAUUUUUCUAUGUAAACUGCUUUGGGAACUUUGGUUGAAGUGCAGUAUAUAAAUGGUCAUUAAUAAUGGAUAUUUGUUAAUAAAAUUGCCUGGCUACUGA